AUGUCAACCAAAGCACGCGGUAAGUUGACCUUGGAGCGCGUGCUGGGGCUAUCGACAUGCAGCAAUGCUGGACUCAGCGUCAACCGCGUAACGGGAGAUAUUGCAUAUCCCGCGGGAUGUGUUGUUGUCAUGUACAACUUUCAGCGAGACAAGCAGACGCGGUACUACCGUGUGGAAAAGCCCGUGUCUUCGAUCGCGUUCUCGGUCGAUGGUGCAUUGCUUGCGAUCGCCGAGAAAGGCCAGGCGCCAUCCAUCACAGUAUGGGAUGUGGAGACAGGUCAACUCAAGGCAGAGUUCAAACGACACAAGUACGGCGUGAUUGCCAUGGCGUUCUCGGCCGACUCUCGCUUCCUCGUGUCCAUGGGGUUGGUGCACGACAAGAUGCUGUACGCGUGGGAUCUGUCCACAAACGCCGUUGUCGGCGGGGCGGUGGUCGAAGACAAGAUCUACGCCGUGGACUUUAGCGCGGACGGCCGCUUCUUUGUCACUGUGGGAUAUCGUCAUGUUCACUUUUGGCCCCUCGAUGAUGACAACAUGUUUCGAGUGACCGGUAAGGUCGUCGCUGACCCCCCGUUAGUCGAGCUCGCAUCGACCCCAGCGACCAUGUCCCGUCUCGCCGACGCUACGUUUGUAGACGUGGGCUGCGGCGCAUCGAGCAAGACCGUGGCGCUCACCGCCGACGGGUUUCUGUGCUGUUUUGGCGGAACCGUGAUGGAGCGCCUAGUGUCAUUGCAAGCUUCUCGUGGCUUUGCCAUGUCCGUCUCGGCCGACGUCGUGGCGGUCGCCGGCGCCGCCGCCACCAUCCGGUUGUUUGAUCCCAGCACACUCGAGUACAAGCAGACGUUGCCGUUUCCUCCCUCGCAUGGCCGCAUGAACGACAAAGACCAGUUCACUGCCGCCUUUCUCACCCCCCCGCACCCAGACGAGUACGCGGCGGCGGUCGCCGUGCGCGUGGUGGACGCUACCCAUGUGGUCGCAGUGUACGCCGACCACACGUUGGUCGUGAUUGAGCGGUCGACGGGGACCGUUCGUCGAACGUUCUUUUUCCACCAUGGCGCUGUCACAGAUUUGCAACUGGUCGGGCGGGUUCUAGGCGUGGACGCCCGCGGGCGCCCCCACCUGUCGAAAACGUCCAACGCGCCGGAUGGGACGUUCGUCACGUGCUCUGACGACAAAACCAUCCGGUUCUGGCACCUCGACAGACACAAAAAGUCGCCACCCCACACCACCUGGGUCAACCCGUACUGCCCCGAACUGCUGCAUGUCGUGUACGCACAAGGCGCGACCCCCUCCACUUCCCCCCUUCCCCUCGCCGUGAUCGACAUGCACAAUCCGAAAGACACAGCCGACACGCGCGACGGCUUGAAAUGCGUCGCCGUGUCCGACCGCACUGUCGCCGUUGGCUCCAACGACGGAGCCAUCCACGUCGUUCAGCUCGACUGGCCAGCGAUGCCCCAGCGGAUCCUGGACAAAGCGCAUGCGACUGCGGUGCUCACAGUCGCGUACUCUCCGUCGGGGGUACUGCUCGCGUCGGGGGGGCGCGACCGGCUCACGCACGUCCAUGACGCCGCACACAUCCGAACCAAAACACUGGAAAACCACUCGGGCGCGGUGGUGGCUGUGCAGUUUACGGCCGAUGGCAAGCGAUUGAUCUCGGCCGGGGCCGACCACAAUCUCGUGUUUACCCAGGUGAGCGAGCACCGAAUAUUUCGGUACAAUUCAUUUCCCGUGCAAGGCGGCAAACUGCAUGCGAUGGCCGUGGUGGACAACGACUAUGUGCUGACGUGUGUAAAUACAUGGGUGGAUGUGCAUACGCUCAUUAGCAACAAGCACGUGCAAACGCACCACGUGGGCGAGCAUCAUCGCGUGGCGCUGAGUCCUGGCGCGGCGCUUGUUGCGUUGGGGGGGUCUUCCCACGACAAGUGCAUUUAUAUUGUGGACUUUCACUCGGGUGAAGUGCUGGCCAAGGCGGCGGGGCACGGAGACGCCGUCACGGGGCUCCAGUUCACGCUGGACGGACGGCGACUGGUGAGCACGAGCAACGACGGAUGCAUCUUCGUCUGGCGGCUCUCGGAUGACCUGCAAAGUGCAUUGAAAGCCAAAUUGCGCCCCGUUGCCCAGGCUAUGGAACCCCCACCCGCCCCGCCGCUAGUCCUGAAAGUAGUAGCCCCUGCACUUUCGAUUAUAUCACCAAAUUCUGGGACAGCAGCGCCCCUCCAACACAUUGAACCCACCGCGGCAGGUGGAGUGUUACCACCACCACCACCCCCGCUACUCCCGCCCCCGCCACCAGCCUCCAAGUUGCCGCUACCGGCCAAACCCCAACCGAUCAAACCUCCUGUUGUGAAUGCCACUGUGGAAAAUGAACUGAAGGAAUGGCUGGCGGCACGAAAUCAUCACACCAAAAUGGACGAACCAACGCCAAACCUUGUCGAAACUGACGACGUUGGAUCGGGGGCGGGGCCAUCGCUGCUCAACAAAGAGUUGGUGCCCCACUGGGCUCGGACGUUUCGUCAACCACCGCCUCAGGCCAGUGACGCCGCCACGUCAUCGCUGGAAGACGGAGGUCCAAGGGCUCCAGGUGGAAAGUGGUCGGUCAAUGCAAUCCCCGACCCAUUGAAGCACGAAAUCACCGUCAAAACGAACGACGACGAGUCACCCCCACGACCUCCCACGACACAUCCCCCUGUCUCACUCGGAGAGAUGUCCAAGGUAGUUCCCAACUGGGCCAGGACUAUCCGACAGCCCAAAUCCCCCAAGACAAUCGCCCCAACGAGCCAGACUAAAUGGGGAGCUCAUGGCGUGGUGGAUAGCAUUGCGCUAUGCGACGACGACAAUGUGAGCAGCAGCAGCGACGAUGACGACGUGUUGGAAAUGAGCGAAACGCUGUACAUCAAGCAGUCGAAUGGCGAGUUGCAUCAGGUCGAAGUCCCGUUGCCUCCAACCGCCGCGUCGGCGCUGCUGCCGACGUCGUCGUGGUCCCUUGCGCACGAACGAGACCUCCUCAAGAAAAAGAAGAAACAGCAAGAGACAGCCAACGCUGUUGCUGACAUGCAAGCAAAGCUUGGUCUUCUGGGCAUUUUGAAACCAAAGCCGCCGACGCCUGUGACAUUGGGGCAGCAUAACACAGUGGACAACGAAGGAGCAGCCCAUGGAGCGCUGGAACUCGCUAAGUCGCCAGUGCACGCGUCGAUCGUGGCUGGGUAUGCGGCUGAAUUGGAGCCAGAAACCAAGUACAAUAGCCCUGAUGGUAGUGUUGAACCACGAGGUAGUCGAACGUCAAACAGCAAGAAUGGUGCUGCCCACUCUCCUGUGGACGUGUCCGUGCAGCAAAACGUCGUCUCAGAUGCAAACCAACAACCCUUCGGCCAUGUCGUUUCAGAGGACAAAGCGGACGCUGUUCAAGCAAAGCCUCCUCCAGGGCAUCAACCACGCGACGACGACGCCAACCGGACGACUGCCUCAACGACGAAGGCCAAGUCGUCUGUGGACCAAAGUGUGGACGUGCAGAGUUCACUGAGUCAUUUUGUAUCGGGGUACCUCCCCCCCCAGCAGCAGCCGAAGGCUCCAACGACAACGGGCAACGGAUCUACACUCGUGACGAGCUUCGACACGAGUAGUACCCUUGGGGUAGAUGCAUCGUUGAGCCAGUUCACUUCGGGCUACAAUCGAUCGCCUAAAGCUCGUCCAAGUGUCGAUGUACCUGUGGACAUGUCCUUGAGUCAGUUUGUAUCGGGGUUUCAUCCAACAGAACAUGAACAAGCUACAGUCGUCCAGCAGAUCUCUACGACAACCACACCAAGGGAGCAAGACAGCGUCGACAGGACGCCCGUGGACAUGUCGCUCAGUCAUUUUGUAUCGGGAUUCCAUCCAGAUCAAACGCGUACAACCCCCACCGACCAGCACACGUCGGCUGCUCUCCCCAUUAUCAUGGAGCAGCAAAGCAUCAUCGUCGAUGAGACGUCGACCCCUCUGGACAUGUCGUUGAGCCAGUUUGUAUCGGGGUAUGAACAUGCUGCUACCCCCCCGUCUCCACCACCCGCACUAGUAGUACUGCCGCCAGCAUCAAUCAUCCAACCAAGCGUCAUUGAUUGGACGCCAGAGAACUUGUCCCUCAGCCAUUUCGUGUUGGGUUAUUCCUCGCCCCAAGAAGAAUCAAAUUCCAGUCAAGCACAAUCAAAAGACCUUGGACCUCUACUACUGCAAGAUCACAACGCGUCGACGGGUCCACACUUGAGCGUGGACUGCACUACACCGGUGGAUGCCUCGCUGGGCCAGUUUGUUACGGGCUACUAUGGACGACAGGUCUCAGCCGAGCACGACGACGACGUCGAUCUUCAUCAUGUCCUGGUGGCUGCAGACGUCCACAACCUUUGUCCCCGUGAUUCCCUUGAGCAGCAGUCGCUUGAGACAGCCAGCGAACCCCACAGCGCCUCGUCCAGCUUUGACGACGACGACAAUGGUCAUGCGCUUUCAAAAGACGUAUCGCUGAGCCAAUACAUAUCUGGAUACCGGUCCAGCGUCGAAUUGGUCCCAGUGGACAUGUCGUUGAGUCAUUUCACAUGUGGGUAUACCAGUCAAGUGACUCGGGGAGCUCCUCGAGAUCCUCCCAUCCUCGAAGACCACAACAGAUCCGUUGAGUCCAAUAGCAGCGUCAUCAAAGCAUGUGUGGACAGUGAUGACUCGUCGAGUCCACAACACUUGGAAGGACUUCAUCAUACCAGCCAGAUGAUGGCCGUAGAGUCCGAUGCAAGUCGGGACAAGGACAAACUAGUGACCAUCUCCGUGAAUGUGCCAGCUGCGGCAGCUUGUUCAACUUUGAUUGACACAGUACAUGUCCCCCCCCCAAUCAAAACGAUUGUGCGUUCCCUAAGACACUUGGAGGUGAAUUUAGAAACAACUGUGCGCCAACUCGAUGCCAUUCGACCCGGGGACGAUGCCGACGUCGCUGAAAUCGUCGCGUUGGCUGCUACAUUGCGGUCGAAGAUUGCACACUAUGCCGAGAAAACUCAUUAAAAAUAAACACUCGACCUUGGUGCUA